AGGUGACAGUCGCAGUCAUGGCCGAGUUGAUUGCGGUGCCGUUGAAGAAGUCCGCGGACGUAGAACUGGUAAAACCACUGCGGAAUCUGCUGCAGAAUACAUAUGAGGGCGCGGAAGACUGCACGGACUCGCUGACGGAGCUGGCGCGGUUGCGCUCCGACGCGAUAUGGAAGGUGUACGACAGGGCCUCGCUGGACGUUCUCUACAGCUACUACGACCAGCUGGCGUCGCUGGAGGAGAAGGUGCCGCCGCAGGAGGUGCAGAUCCCCUUCAAGUGGAAGGAUGCCUUUGACCGGGGAUCUCUCUUCGGGGGAAGAAUUAGUCUUACUGUCAGCUCGCUGUCAUAUGAGCAUGUGUGUAUCUUGUUCAACAUCGGAGCCCUGCAGAGCGUGCUGGCCUCCCAGCAGCCGCUCGAUACCGAGGACUCGCUCAAGCUGGCUACCAAGCUGCUGCAGCAAGCUGCGGGCGUAUUCUCGCACUUGAAGGCAACAGUGAUGGGGGCCGUCCACCAGGAGCCCACUCCCGAUCUUCAGCCCGACACACUACAAGCCCUCGCUUCGCUCAUGCUCGCCCAAGCACAAGAAGUCAUCGCCUACAAGUGCAUCCGAGAUGAGAUGAAAGAGGGCAUGGUGGCGCGGGUCUGUGCGCAAUGCGAAGAGCUGUACACAGACGCGCUUCGCAUGAUCAACCGAGAGCCACAGAGAGCGCUUUUUGACCGCGAGUGGUCCGCCAUAAUAACAGCAAAACAGAUGGCGUUCCGUGGCCUGACCCAGCUGUUCCAGGGCAUGAUCUGCCGCACCAACAAGGCUGUAGGCGAGGAGAUAUCUCGUCUUCAGGUUGCCGUGGAACAACUUAAGGGAGCUCUGGGCAGGCUGCCACAGGCGCCUUUGCUGUCGGAGCAGCUCACCAAGGCCAUGAGAUUCCUCGCAGAAGCCACAAAAGACAACGACUUCAUCUACCACGAGCGCAUCCCCGACGCGCGUCAGCUCGAGCCCGUGUCCCGCGCCGCCGUGGCCAAGGCGCUCCCUCCGCCCGCCCGCUGGGGCCCCGCGCCGCCCGCGGGGCGGGACCUGUUUGCGGCGCUGCUGCCGGCCGCGGCGCACCGCGCGCUGCAGGCGGCGGCCGCGAGGAGAGCAGAGGCGGUCAAUGCUGAGGUGAACAAGCUCCGCGAAGCCACCCAGCUCCUCAACAGCAUCCUCGCCUCCCUGAACCUUCCUGCCUGCGUCGAAGAGCAAGACUCCGGAGAAUUACCCGAGUCUAUCCGAAGCAAGGCGGCCGCCGUACGUGCGGCCGGCGGCCCGGGAGCCCUACGGGCGUUGAUGGAAGAGCUACCACAACUGCUGCAGCGGAACAGGGAUAUUUUAGACGAGGCGGAACGCAUGCUACGCGAAGAAGAAGAAGCGGACGCGGCGCUCCGCAGCCAGUUCGGCGCGCGCUGGGGCCGCACGCCCUCCCCGCAGCUCACGGAGGCCUUCCGCGCCAACGCGGCCAAGUACCGGCAGAUCAUCGACAACGCCGUCCGCGCCGACAGCAUCGUGCAGCAAAAGUUCGCUCAACAUAGGGAGGACAUCGAGCUCCUCGGGCGCAGCGACGGCGAGAUCACCGCCGGCGUGCCCGAGGCGGCGGGCGGCGGCGGCGGCGCCGGCGCCGGCUCGGCGGCCGCGGAGCUGCGCGCGUUGCUGGCGCGGGUGGAGACGCUGAAGAGGGAGCGGGACAGCCUCGAGAGCGAUCUCAAGGACGUCACUCUUGACCUCAAGGAGCAAUUCCUAUCGGCGCUGGCUGCGGACGGCGCGCUGGACGAGCCGCUGACGGCGGGCGCGCUGGGCGCCGCGCUGGCGCCGCUGCAGCGCCGCGCCGCCGCCCUGCAGCAGCAGCAGGACGCAUUAGUGGGCGAGAUCCAGCAGGCGCACGGGCGGUUCGCGGCGGCGGGCGGCGGCGGCGGCUCGCGCGGGCGGGCGCUGGGCCGGCUGUGCGCCGCGCACGACGCCUACACCGACCUCACCAACAACCUCAAGGAGGGCGUCAAGUUCUACAACGACCUCACGCAGUUGCUUGUGACCUUCCAAAACAAAAUCUCGGACUUCUGCUUCGCGCGUCGCACUGAGAAGGAGGAGCUGCUCAAAGAUCUGACGCAGGACGCCUCGAGGGUCUCACGCCCCGCCCCUGAUCCCCCGCAGGCGCCUGUUCAAGAGCCGAUCGCGGCGGUGCGGAAGGAGCCGCCGCCGCGCCCGCCGCCGCCGAGCGCCGCGCCCUCCGCCUCCCCCGCCGCCCCCGCAGCCCCCGCCGCCGCCGCACUGCCCUAUCCCAUGCAACCACAAGGCAUGCCGCUACCGUACGGCGCGGCGCCGUACUACUACGCGGCGCCCAUGCCGACGGGCUACAACCCGUACGCCACGCUGCCCUACCCGCACCACGCGCCGCGCGCGCCCGCGCCGCCCUACCAGCCCUACCAGCACCCGCCCGCGCCGCAGGGCUACCCGCAGCCCCCCCCUCACGGCUACAACCCCUAUGGCACGCAGUAGCAGCCCCGCCUCCACUGGACCUACACUACCUGCAGUGAGGCUGGAAUACUGCGACGGACGGAGCUCGAAUCGUUGACGCCUAUGCUUUUAAUCCUUCUCCGGGCAUAGUACAAUUUAUCGACCCCAUACGCGCCGAUAGAAUUUCAACUUUAGACUUCUGAUUUAAUGUUCAAAUUAGUUUGCAUUUUCGGGAGAUAUGACUUGUCUUCAAAUGAAUCAUCAAAGCUAAAUUGAUUGUAAUAUAUUUAGAUUUUUUCAAGAAAACCUUGUAGAUUGGUGCGGCCUGGAAAAGGGUUAAAUUGAACACGUAGAGACACACUCCCACAUGACUUUACUCUAUAUUAAAGUUCGGGUUAACCGUCACCCGUGCUGCAAUAUAUUUAAACACUAUUCGGUGUAAUUGAUCACUCCCCAAUGACAAUUAUUAGUCGUAAACUCCAAUCAAAAAGUAUCUUUUGAAAAGAUUCAUUCGAUACAUAUUUUUUUUUACUUUUUGAUUAGCAUUUAAACAAAUUACGAUUAUCACGUUGUUGGUUAAGUAGCGCACCUCCUUUCCAAAAACAAUAUCGGUACUCCAUUGGGUGUCAGCGAAGCAGCUGGCAUAAUCAUACAUCAACAUAAGUAAC